AUGAUGGCCGGGGUGUUGAAUUUUACUCCAACUCCGAUUUUCAGGCCACUUUCGACUCGGAGAUUAUCCAACAAUAGAGUAUUUUUUGUACAAUCAUCAACAAAUUCUUCAGAAACCCCUGUGGCUUCGUCCUCUGUAACAAUCAAAGAGGAACCCAGUUCGGGUUUCUCCAUAUCGCCUCCUCCUAACUUCAAGCCUCCGAAGCCCAAGCCCUUUUCAGUCCGGCCUGAUAAGGUGCUCGACAUUUUGGGGGCUGCUCUUGCCUUGGUUUUUCGCCUUACUACCAGUGUUCUCGUUUCUGGGUAUUCAGCAUCUUUUGUACCCAAGAAUGAGAUUCCAUCUGAAGAGUAUGCUCUUGAAUUUGCAGGAUUUACGUUGAAAGAAACUUCAAAAUUAGGUCCACGCCCUGAGAAGCCAAUUGAAAUUUAUGAGUUUGAAAGCUGCCCCUUUUGUCGGAAGGUUCGGGAAAUUGUUGCGUUUUUGGACCUUGAUGUGUUGUUCUAUCCUUGUCCAAAAAAUGGCCCAAAUUUUCGUCCCAGGGCUGUACAGCUGGGUGGAAAAAAGCAGUUCCCUUACAUGGUUGAUCCAAACACAGGAGUUUCCAUGUACGAAUCAGAUGACAUCAUCAAGUACUUAGUUCAGAAAUAUGGUGACGGAAAGGUUCCAAUUAUGUUGUCUCUAGGUCUACUGACUACCUUGACCGAAGGUUUUGCCAUGAUUGGUCGCAUGGGGAAGGGUAGUUCCUAUACUCCAUCAAAAUUGCCAUCCAAGCCUCUUGAGAUAUGGGCAUAUGAGGCUUCGCCUUUCUGCAAAGUUGUACGUGAAGUACUUGUAGAGUUGGAGUUACCUCACCUACUUCACAGCUGUGCACGUGGCAGCCCAAAAAGAAGUAUACUAAAACAGAAAGUAGGACAUUUUCAGGUUCCUUAUUUAGAAGAUCCGAACACUGGAAUCCAAAUGUUUGAGAGUGCAGAAAUCAUUGAAUAUCUACGUGCAACUUAUGCUCUUUAA